AUGAGAGUAUGGAUAGCAUCGCUAUUAUUUUAUUUAUUUGUUUUCACUGUAUGCGAACUUCUGCGACUUGUGAUCAAUCGUUGGUUUGCUCCACGCUUACCCCGUCUUACCACAGGAUUACUACUUGAAAUUACAGUAAUUGAAAUCGCAAAUUGUUUAUUUUUACGAGACGCUAUUGCUCAUCCAUGCCCACUGGUAAUCACAGCUUCACGUAAGCGUUCUACUCUAAAUCGAAUGUUCAUUAUUUUUGUAGUACAACUUUCUGCAGCAUAUUUAUCACAUUUUUUAGCUCGAACAUUUUGGAGAUUUAAUCUUCAUCAUGCACAUAAUGAACUGUUAAAUGCUGAUUAUUGUGAGGCUGAUCUUACUGUAGCCUUAACAGUUGGUGCAACCAUUGAAGGAUUAGCUACGUUCUGUACAAAGGCAGUUGAAUAUAUUGCAAAUGAGUGGUACGUCGAUUCCAAUGCACAAAUGCUCAUUACUUGUUUAUUUGCUGGAUUUAUGACUUCAGUUGGAAUUAAUUAUACGGGUAUGUACGCAAAUCCCAUCGUUGCUUGGGCAUGCACAUUUAACUGCGAAGGUAUCACACAUUUUGGACACUUGAUUGUUUACUGGCUUUCUCCACUGAUAGGAUGGUACUUGGCAGAUAUAAUUUUUGGCGAUCAACAGUCUAUACCGGCUCAUAUCAGUGACGAUGGCAGUGAAUCGAAGAAACUUAAAAGUCGUUAA